AUGCGGUUAUCUUCUGAAGAUGUUGAGUGUAAUUCCUGGCUUUUGAAUGUUGGAGAAUCUUUAUCAAAUGUUUCCAAUCCUUUACUUCCUCCAGAUUCGAUUGAAAUCCCAAAUUCAUUAUUAGAAAAUUCACUAAUCAAUAAAAUAUAUGGAAACUCCAUACAAAUAUCUGAUAUUAACCUAUUUUCAAAAAAAAUUAUAUUAACCACUAAAAAUAACAUAGCCCUAAAUUUAAAUAACGAAAUUAUUCAAAAACUACCAGGAAAUUCUAGGAUAUAUUUUAGCGCUGAUUCUAUACAAACAGAUAAUCCUGAGGAUUUACUUAAUUUCCCCAUUGAAUUUCUUCAUUCUCAAACCCCAUCAGGAAUGCCUCCUCAUAUUUUAAAUCUUAAAGUUGGGACAAUAAUAAUGCUUCUUCGUAACAUGAAUCCCAGCAGAGGCUUAUGCAAUGGGACACGACUUCUUAUCAAAAAUUUACAAUUUCAUAGAUUCUGA